AUGCAAAACCUAACGGCCCCUGGAGGCCCAGCAAACUCCAAUGUCACCUGCUCCUGCAACUGCACCGCUUCCCAGCCACAGGGAAUGGAGAUCUCCGAACUGGAGUUUGUUCAGAUCGUCAUCAUUAUUGUGGUGAUGACGGUGAUGGUGGUGGUCAUCAUCUGUCUGCUGAACCACUAUAAACUGUCCACCUGGUCUUUCAUCAGCCGACAGAGCCAGGGGCGGCGGCACGAGCAUGCAAUGCAGCAGGAGGGGUGUCUAUGGCCUUCUGACAGUGGCUCUCGACAAGGAGCUUCGGAGGUGAUGUACGCCCCUCAAACACACCGGGACCGCUUCACAGCGCCUUCCUUCAUGCAACGCGACCGCUUCAGCCGCUUCCAGCCCACGUACCCGUACCUGCAGCACCAGAUCGACCUGCCCCCGACCAUCUCCCUGUCGGACGGAGAGGAGCCGCCUCCGUACCAGGGCCCCUGCACCUUACAGCUGCGAGACCCUGAGCAGCAGAUGGAGCUGAACCGCGAAUCAGUGCGGGCGCCACCCAACCGGACCAUCUACGACAGUGACUUGAUUGACAUGGGAGGGGGCGGGGUUUUGGGAGGCGGGAUCAGUGGGGCAGGUGGACCCAGACCGCCAAGCAGUAACUCGGGCAUCAGCGCGGCCAACUCGAGCACCCACGGGCGCAUGGAGGGUCCUCCGCCGGCGUACAGCGAAGUGAUGGGGCACUAUCCCGGAGCUGCAUUCUUUCUUCACCAGCACAGCAAUAACCAGAGGGCAGGGGGCCCGGGCAGCAGGACGAUCCAACAGCAGAGCCAAUCAGAAAGCACAAUUGUACCUGCCAAGGACGGCCGACCAGAAGACCUGGUGUGA